ACCGCCUGCCCUUGUUUCCACUCUAUUAACAAACAACAGAAAACCAGACAUCCAAUCUCUCUCUCUCCUCCACUUGUUUUCAUCUCUUCUCCAUCUUCUUCCACCUGGUUUUUCAUCUUGACACCUUUUCAAUCUCUCUCAUUAUCCAUCCAUGUCUAUUUCCCGAUAAUUUCACUCAUGGGUAAAUACUUUAGGAAGUCAAAACCAGCAGGGGAAAUCUCUCUUAUGGAGGUUUCACAAUCAUCAUAUCUAGGAGUUCGUACCCGUGCCAAAACCCUUGCUUUGAAACGCCUCCAGAAAUUGUCGGCGCCGGAGGAUACGACGGCAGACGCCGCUUCUGGGUCUUAUCUUCAGCUCAGGAGUAGAAGACUGGCGAAACCCACAAUUCCAAUUGUUGAUUCCAAGAGACCAAAAACGAAUUCUAGCCCUAGCCCUAGUCCUAGCUCUGAAGGUAAAUUAGGGUUCAUGAUGGGAGAGAAAGUUGAGAUUAAGGAAAACGGUGAUUUGAGUAUUGAUCAAGCUUCGUUUGGAGAAAAUAUUCUUGAUUUUGAAGGAAAAGAGAGAAUUUCAAGGGAAAGUACACCAAUCAGUUUGAUUAGAGAUCCAGAAAUUGUCAAAACUCCAGGUUCAUCAACUAGACCUAACAACUCAACAGAAUCCAACCGAGCAAUACAAAAUUCGACCAGAAUGUACAUCCCAACCACAGAGGAGUUGAACAUGUUCUUUGCAGAAGCCGAGCAACAACAGCAUAGAGAAUUCAUAGAGAAGUACAACUUUGAUCCUGUGAAGGAUGAACCACUUCCUGGACGUUUUGAAUGGAUGAAGCUUGAUCUUUAAAGCCUUCUUCUGGUUUUAUUUUGUAAAGAAACAACAACACUAGAGAGAUUAGGGUUUGUUAAGUUGUAGUUUUAUGAUCUGUAACAUAACAGAACAACUUAAUGAAUUAUGACCUAGAAAAAAAGGAAAGUUUAGGGUUUCAUGAAUUGGGUUCAGUUUGUAGGAGGGGAGGGGGUACAUAAUUUACUAAACAAUGACUUUUAUUAGGAUCUUAUCUCUGAAUGUUAUGUUCAUGUUUCAUACAUAGAAGAAUCUUAUCAUCUCUGCUUCAUUACUUUUGUCUGUUUUAUCAUUUCCUUUUAGCACAAAAGUCUUUGUCCUGCUGAAACUGGACUUUUGUUUUGUUUUCUGUCUGUUGGAUGAAUACAUUCAUGGCUAAGAACAGUAGGGUUUUGAUCUUAA